AUUAAAACAGAGAGAGAGAGAGAGUCGUUGACGGGUAAAUAACGCCAGACUACAUAGUACAUUUCUGCAACUCGAUCUACGCUGUCUUGUUUCUAUUUUUUAUCAUUCUUUUUUCGUUCCGCAUACGUUAAACACACAAACCCCGCCUUCAUAAUUGCUUCCAUAACUGCUAAAAUCGAUUGCAGUUACCAUACAUACAUUUCUUGUAGUCUUCUCUGGUUUUCCUGUCGUCGUCUUAAAUCCCAAAGCUUCCACAAGACAUCACCAUCAUAUUCCUCCUUCAAUUCUGCAUCAAAGUAAAGCUUGUUUUGACCAGAAAUCUGGGCGGGUUUUGAUUGGGAAUAUGGGAAGGAGUUCAUGGAUGAGACGCGUUGACGAGGAAGAUGGAGAUGGAGAGAGGUAUAAUCCAGCUGGGUGCAUGUGGAAGCGAUUCAUUUAUGCUCUGGACUACCAUCACUGGCACUAUAAUAAUGUUAGGAAGAAGCUUAUGCACAGAUUGAUAAAUGAUGGAAGAAGACAUGAUAAGAACAAGACCAAAUUGAUUCAUAAUGACAUUGGAGAAGCACAGAGACUUUUGGAUGAUGAAGAAACACACUUGCAGGAGUUGCAGGUUAACCAGAACCCGAAAAAGCCUGGAUUAAACAACAAAAGAUCUCUCAGAGCACGGAUAAAAGCACUGAUUAUGGAGCAGAACCAGGAGGCAAAGAACAACAAACAGCAGGGAACAACAGGCAAUUACAAGCAGUCCAAAUAUCAAAGAACUUACUCAAUCCAUCAUCUCGAGCCUACCGACGAUGAUCCUGACUGGAACCACCCGAUUUUAAUCCUUCCCGGCACCCCAAACAAGGGUUCCAAGACACUGCAAGAUAAACAAGAGAUUGCAGUCAAGGAAAAGUCAUAUGUUCCCAAGAAGCAACUCAACAAGGACAAUGAUAGCCUGGAGCUGUUUCUAAAAUUUUUACAGGGUGCAGAGAUUGGCAGUGGGAAAUUUUCCCAGAAUUCCAAGAGGAAAAUAGGAUUAACAAAGUCUGGAUCAUUCCCUCUAUAUGACAGCAAGAGAGGAGACUACAAACCUCUUAAACUUAAAGACAAGCAGAAAGAAGUUUGGUCGAAAGUAGAGAGGUUGGAAGAUGAUGAUAAUCAAGCACUAAACUUAGCUAUGCCAAAGAAUGCAAAGGAUCUCUUAGAAAGCUUGGGUCUCAUGGGUGAUGAGGAGGAUAGCAGGACUCUGAAUCGAGCCUCGACCCUUGAUUUUCGAUGUAAAUCAACAGAACACAAGGAAGAAGACACUACAGUGAACUUGGCUAUCAAAGAAGAUAAGCAAGUGGCAGAGAUUGAGGGCAAGAAUGAUGAAUAUUCUCAAGAAUCAUGUUCAAUUAGUACUCAAGAAACUACUGGAAGUGGUAUUCCGAAAUCUUCAUUUCUUCACAGAAGAAGUACUUCCCUGAAUGAGUCAUUAGACAGGUAUUCCAGGCUAUAUGAUCACAGUUUUGGCAAGGAAGUUGAAUUGAAACCUUCUAGGAGCUUAAAGGUCACAAAUGAGCGCGUGAUACCAUCAAUUCCUUUCAGAAGGAUACGCUCUUUAUCAGUGGAAUCGAGCUGUUUCCUUCAACUUGACCUACUCGGUACUGCUCCAUUCUCAGAUCAUGCAGUCAGGACAGCAGAAGAGAGCAGUUCUAUGAAUGUUACAAGCGAGGGCGAGGGCGAGUGCGAUGAGAAGCCAGAAAGUAAAGAAAAAGCUGCAUCUGUAGAUGCAAAGGAAGAGCCCGGGGAUCAUAGCGAACAAGCAGGUUUCUUGAUUGCAGAUACAGAUGAUGAAGUUAGCCCUGAUAUGGAAGAACCUGCCCAGGAAAUUGAUCAGUUAAAACUACUGAUCAGAGGCGAUUCCUAUAGAGAACAAGGAGUUAAAUGCUCUGAAGUAGCCUCCAAUGAAGAAACAUGCUUCCAAGAAGACUAUCAAAUCUCAAAAGGUUCAGAGGGCACAAGCAACCAAGCCAAAGAGAAGGAUACUGCAAUCAACUCAAGUGAGAGUUUCUGUACAGAUUCAGAAAUGGACGAAAAAGCAUCUAAGCACAGCCAGACUUAUCAAAUGGAAAUGGAUGAUCCUGAUCUGUGCUUCGUGAUGGCGAUUCUUGAAUGCUCGGGCUUCACAGAGAAUUUCUUCCAAGGAACAUGGUACUCAAGUGAACAGCCACUAAACCCCUCAGUAUUUGAGGAAGUUGAGUCUUGCUGGGACCAGGAAUUCCAAUCUUCAAGGGAAGAAAUCUGCAUGUUUUUUCACCAUCAGAUGCUAUUCGAUUUGAUCAACGAGGUUCUAGCUCAGAUAUACGAUAGAUCAUUCACUUACUACCCUGCAGCCUUAUCUUCCUGUAGCCGCAUUCGCCCACUGCCAACAGGAAAACACAUCAUUGCAGAGGUUUGCUCAACCAUUAGUUCAAUGCUGAACUUAAAGCCAGAGGCAAAGCAGUCACUUGACAGUAUUGUGGCCAGAGAUUUGGAAAAGGAUUAUGGUUGGAUGAAUCUGCAGACUGAAAGUGAGUUUGUGGCACUUGAGGUAGAAGGCAUCCUUUUUGAGGAUCUUCUGGAUGAGAUUUUGAAUCCUUAGCUUGGUUCCACAUAGCCUCAACUUUUGGUUGGCUCUGAAAUCACCGGUUAGGAUCAAGCAUUUACCCGUAUGCCAAAAGCUAUAGCUCGUAGUGAAGGUAUAACUUUAUUUCCUUAUACCGCCACAGUUUUGAGAGGCAGGGUGUUGUACUUGUCCCUUCAGGUCUCUGUCCAAUAAUUCUCUAGUCACGUGGUGCUAGACUUGACCCUUCACGAGCCUUCAUCACGCAACAAUCUUCAUCUCUUUUGGAUUGGAGUUGUAGAUAAAUUUUGGUGUUAGCUUACUGUAUAUAGUUUGUAGAAUGCCUGAGUAAUGUGAUAUAAAUGGUUGGUUUUAUCUGCAACAGUGUCAUCUAUCAUGUAGACAAAAUUUUGUUAGAUUCAGAAAUUGAUUUGAGUUAAUGCACAACACACAUGUUGUUUGUAGAAGACUAUAUUGAUAUGGAUAAAGUCAGAUAGUUCAACUGC